CUCCGAGGCUUGGUGUGCGACGGGAAUAUAGAUGGCACGGAUAUUGGCCAGACGCUGUUUCAAUCAGCUUUUCGGUCAUCGAAAGGGCCAUUGAUCAGAGAAACAUACAUCGAUAAAGACCCAACCUUUGUGCCUUUUCGGCAUCGGCAUCGCCAUAAACCAAGACUAUUGAAAAUUUUUGAUUAGCUGGUCGCAUAUCACGCGAUGAUUAAACUGGAGCGAACAGUGUUGUGCUACCCACCUCCAUGGCAUCACCAUCGACCUGCUUCUUAAGACGCUCAUCCCAGGUGCAGAGAUUAUGCUGCACACAUCGGUGUUCCCCCUUAUGAUAGUGGGAUCCGUAGACAAAGGGUAGAUGGGUCCAGCAUCCGAUAUAGGGGCCUUCUCUACCCUGACCCAUGAAACCUAAGGAAUGCUAAAAUCAUGUCUUUUAUAUGUCGAGCGUGGAUGCGAAUGCGGCUGCAGUGCCUUGUCCCCCGUAUGAGCUGGCACAUUCCAGAGGAAUUCAACCAGAAAGUGCCCGUAAAAAUGAUCAACACGAUCGGCUUAGUAGCAAUUUUUGUCUUUGUGAUUCAAAGCAGCGCGUCUGAAGAAGCACUCUCCCUCAGGAUAUGCAAGAGCCAUGUUGAAUAGUAUCUACUUCAACGAAAUGGAAGGGUAUGAGCAAACUAAGUGGAGAUGGGAUGGUGGCUAGCUUUCC